AAACAACAAUGUGUGGUUAUGAGCGUCCUAUUUUACCGUACAAUUUUUUUCAAAACAUAAGAAAGCGCGAAUAUACUUCCUAUACCGAGAUUUUUGUUGCCACCACAGAUAUUAUACAUAACGAUGUGUGUCUGUGUGUAUACGUGUGUAACAGUUGUGUGUGACAUGACAAAACAACACCCAUUCAUACAUCAAUGUGUAUUAUAAAAAUGCGUGUAUGGUUUCAUUGUGUGUGUUUUUGGAGCAUCGAAACACUCACUACAUUGAUUAGUCUGGUGGUCAUACUGACUGUGUGAAGAAAUACUCGCUGUGUUUAGUACUAAUAUAUAUAUCAUCCCUUACGCGCUGUAUAAAUUGUUUUGUUUGAGUUAUCGCAGUGUUUAUUGGUGUAGAUUAUGACGUUUAUUCCGUUAUAUUGCAUAUAUUCAUGCAAUUAAUUAAUAUUUAAUGGCAGGGGUACAUGAAAUAUUUAAACUUUUGCUUUAUACGUAAUUGAAUGCAAUAUUAAAAAAAUGAAAACAAAAUACAAUAGAAAAACUUUUUACGAAGGGUGCCAUGUUGUUUGGUGAUAGUAACUACAACACACUACUAUGUUUGGGGAUGUAGUUGGAAAAAAAAAUAUACAAUUCAAUGUGUUACUCAAUUUAUGUGAAUAUUUCAUAUAAAAAUUGUAAAUAAUACAUUAAUACAUUUUAAUUAAUCAUUUGUGUUUGUGAAGAAGUUUGAAUUAAAGUAAUAAUAAGAAGAAAUACAUAAGUUUCAAUAAAUGCAGGAAAUAUGAAUCAACAUAUUAUUUUUGAAGAUGUAAACAUGUCUGGAAUAAAAGAUGUAAUUAUUAAUGAACCAUCAUCAUCACCAUUACCUCACCAUCAUCAUCUCAGUAUUGCAAACUCUAGUUUCACACCUAGUUUCAAUAAUUCAUCGAAUAAUCAAACAGAUAGUGGAUAUCUAUCAACGACUCCACAUUCAAUUACAUACAACAUCAAUAAUACAACUGAAUCAAGAAGUAAAUCAUCAAGAACAUUGAGUACAAAUCAAAAAUUUUGUUGGCUAAAUAAAUCAAAUUAUUAUGAAAGAAGAAAAUUAAAAUUAAAUACAUUUAAUAAUAAUUUUGAUCAUGAUGCUAAUAAUUUUAUGAAACCUCAUCUAAACAGUUUUGAAGAGAAUCAACAACAAAAAUUAAGACAACAAUAUUUAUCGAAAUUGAUUGUAGAUAGUAAUACAUCAACAGUUUGUAAAGAUCGUAAUGAAUUUAAAACUGAAUUAAGAGAAUACAGAACAAGAAGUAGAAAGUCGAAUUCAACAGAAACAACUAACAAUGUAGUGCAGUCAUUAUUAUCACCACCUGCCAGUCCUGCUGCUUCUUGCUCAUUUAUCGAAGACGAAAUAGCAAGUAAACUAGUCAUCGUACCACCGCAUAAUAGUAGUACACCUUAUGUUGAUUCAUCUAAAUCAUUAUCACACAUAACUUGCACUCCGAAAACAAGCAAAACUAGUCCUGCAUCAGUUAUAUCAAUCAAAAAUAGAUAUAAUAAAUUAAAAUAUAAUCAUUUAGCUCAUGACAUUAAACGUAAAAGACUUGAUUUUAAUUUGAAACAGAGUUAUUAUCAGGGAAUUAUUACACCUGAUUAUACUGGUAAAGAAACAGUGGAUAUUCUUAGUUUACUUGGUGAAAAAACUUAUCAUCCACGUAUUAUUAGAAAAAUAUUCUCUUAUUUAAAACCUCAAGAUCUUUGUGCUAUAAGUAUGGUAUCACGAUCGUGGAAAAGAAUAUGUCGGUUGGAUACCCUAGCAAAUCUACGAAGAUUACAAUUUAUUGAAUGGAAACAAAAUAGCAAAGAAAAUGUAAAUAAUCAAAAAUCAACAUCAUUAGUUAAAAAAACCAACUGUUUCUCAUUGAGUCCAAAAAUUAAGUUGGUUAAGAGAAAUUACCUUAUGGAGGUUCAAAACACUCAAGUAUCAACUAGACGUAUGAUCCCAUCUAGCAGUCCGCCAGUAUCUCCUAGUAAAGUUAAAUUUCACUCAUAUGUUAAGGCAAGCCGUACUUUAUCACCAUCACAACGUCUCUUUCGAUGUCCAAAGUGUUUUUUUGCCUGUCGCAUGAACAUUGAAAAUAAUGUAGGUACCUGUACUAGAGAAGGAUGUGGUGCUGAAUUUUGUACUAUUUGUUCAUCAUCACGUCAUGAUGGAGCAGCAUGUAAUACACCGCUGUUGUUAACACCAACAAAACGCAAGGAACAACCUGUUGUUGUUGGUUCAAAAAAAAGUAAAAGAAAUCUUAGACGUUUAUGAAUUUUUAGUUCUUUUUAAAAAGUUAAUUAUUUUAUUAUUAUUUUUUUUUGUUAUAUAAAACUAGCAUUCAUUUUUUUGUUUUUUUUUUACUUACUGAGUGAAUCAAAUUUAAAUCACAUUGAUAACUGUCGACAUUAUUUUAUAUUGACAUAAAAUUGAAUUUAAUAAUACUAAAUAACUUGUCCAUUUAACUUAAAGUAAUUACUAGUCUGUUUAUUAUGAAAUUUUCCAAAGUUUUUUAAAACACACAAGAUUAUUUCAAUAAAUAUUUUUGCUCUCUGUUUAAUGAAUAAUACAUAGAAAAAUGUAUGUGCCAUUUGAUUGCCAU